AUGCUUUCUCGACUAUGUUCUAUGUUGCAGCCACCCCCGGCUGAAGAUGAGACUGUUCACCCACUGGACUUCGGGCCAUUGCGAGCUCCAGGCAACGCAACGAAGACACCGCCGCAGACUCAUCAUGCCAGAUCUGGUCUAAAUCUCCCUCCUCCAUCCUUCUCCCUUCAAGAAGAAAAGCAAAAGAAAGCCGCCCAGCAUCAAUACCGGCAGGUUUUAGACGAAUUCGCGGAGACUUCUCACAAAAUACUGCGUGAGAUCGAUUCUUUAGCGGCCGAGAUGGAACAGCUCCGACACGCAACUGAAGCACGGAGCAAGCCGCUUAAGCCGAGAACAGCGCGAUCUCCUCAGCCCGGAGGUACGACCAUAGCUCAAGGGCAGGCUCCCCAGGCUCAAAGGGACGUUGAGGAGCAGGUGCAGGUAGCUUUUCGGUAA